AGGCUCCUAAAGCCGGCCCCCCUCCCCCACCCACCUCCUGGGAACAGAGAUUACUUAAAUGUAAGAUUGUGUAA